UUGGCGGCGCAUGCGCAGGAGACGUGGCAGCUGCUGUCUGAGGGAAGGAAGGUCCGUCAGCCGCUGAGUCAGUCGCCGUCGCCUCUGCUGCUUCCGCGUCGCUCGGAGCCGGGAUGGAGGAGGACAUUUUGACGACGCUGAAGAUCCUCAUCAUCGGGGAGAGCGGCGUCGGGAAGUCCAGCCUUCUGUUACGCUUUACAGAUGAUACAUUUGAUCCAGAACUUGCAGCAACAAUUGGUGUUGACUUCAAAGUGAAAACCAUUUCAGUCGAUGGAAAUAAGGCCAAGCUAGCAAUAUGGGACACUGCAGGUCAGGAACGGUUCAGAACGCUAACACCAAGCUAUUACAGAGGAGCGCAGGGUGUUAUAUUAGUUUAUGAUGUUACAAGAAGAGACACUUUUGCUAAACUAGACAACUGGCUAACUGAAUUGGAAACAUACUGCACAAGAAAUGAUAUAGUUAAAAUGUUGGUUGGAAACAAAAUUGAUAAGGAAAACAGGGAGGUUGACAGAAAUGAGGGUCUCAAGUUUGCCCGGAAACAUUCCAUGUUGUUCAUAGAGGCAAGUGCAAAAACAUGUGAUGGUGUACAGUGUGCCUUUGAAGAACUGGUUGAGAAAAUCAUUCAGACGCCUGGACUGUGGGAAAGUGAGAGCCAAAACAGAGGUGUAAAGUUAUCAAAUGAUGAAGAGGGCUAUAGAGGCGGCUGUGGCGGCUACUGUUCUGUGUUAUAAACCCUGGAAGAUUCAUCCUUUUGUGUAUUUAAAUGGAUAGCAAUGUCCUCUGUACAUAAACUCAUAUCUGCUAUUCUAGGGACCUUGCAGUUUGCACAUAACUUGUGUAUCAUGGCAGUCAGCAUUUUCUUAGGAAAAUGUAUUCUGCAGCUUUUCCAGUUCAGAAGUGUUAAUGGUAAGCAUGCCUAAUUUGCAACAUCCUGGUUCUUUUUAUAUGUAGCAUAAGAUAAUGUUUUUCAGGAGCAAAUGCAUUCUAAUUUCUUAAUCUUAUCAUGGAACUGUUUAGAAGCCUAUUUCAAAUACAUGUUGGCUGCACUCUGACUGACUGUGGUCUUUAAUUCAUAUUCUGCAGGACUACUUGAGAUAUACAGAUCUCAAUGUAUAUGGAUUCAUCUAUAAUUUGCACACUUGAUUAGCAGUUUUUAAAUUCAGUUUACAGCAUGUCUAUAACAACCUUUUAAAUUUAUGAACAGCACAUUUUCUAGGUUGUAACUCAUCCCAUUUAAAUUCUGAUUUCUUGAGAGACGUGUGUUUCUAAAACAAUUGGAUGGGGGAAUUUUUUUUUAACUGCCACAUCAUUGAAUAAACUGUCAAGAGUUUUAACCCUGGGAUUUAGAAUGCAGACUUGUAUUAUGGUUUUUACAGUAAAGCAUCAUUUAGACCUUCAAGAAAAGUCUUUUUGGUUAUGGGCUUAACAAGAGGUCUCAUCGUGAUUCACUUCUCCAGGCUUUAAUGAGCGCUUCUAAAUGUUGUUGAUUUGGUGUCUUUCACUCAAAACAGUUGCUACCUUAUAGCUGAAAGGCCCAAAUUAGGCGACUAUGCUAUUUGUAGCUCUUUCUUUUUGGAGCGUAAGUGUUAAAAUUGUCUUCUAGGUAUGUCUGUAAGGAAUGUGCUACUUUAUUUAGAUUUGCUGUAACAGUGAAAGACUUGCUUGUUUUCAGGGAACUUGCAUAGACUAACAUUUUUUUCUCCUGCAGUAUUCAAUUUUCUAACACCUUCCUCGUGUACAGGUGAAUUUUGUAAAACACAGUUCAAGAACUCUUGGCGUGAUAAUCCUGUAACACUAAUGACUUCAAAUACUACAGAGUACUGAUCUGUCUACCAAUAUGAGAUACUGUGCAAUUUCCUGUAAAUAUAUAACCUGAAAUAUCUUUAUAAUGUUGCUUUUUUGUAAUUUCAGUGCUCCUCAUAUUUGAUCUUUUGCAAUUACAUUGGCUACUGCCACUUGAAUGCACUUCACUUAAAAUCUUUCCUUUUCAGUUUUUACACUUGUUAGGAAAUUUUACUGAAAUUUUGAGAACUGUUCUAUAACCAAACCUUGUAAGUAAAAUAACUCUGUAAAAUGUUCACAACACUCUAUACUGUCCAACAAAUUUUAGAUAUAAAUUGCCAGUUUAAUUUACAGCACAUUUGCUAAACAGGCUAUUGAUGGUUCAAAGAUGGCCAUCGCUGGAGGUAGAACAGAAUCAAAUUUUAUCAGAAAGAGUGUGUUUUUAACAUUGGAAUAAAGAUUGUGAAGCAGGAA